AUGUCUACAUCAACUCUAUCUCAGCCGUCUUCCAUCAGCUCAUUAUGCAGUUCAUUUAGUUCUUAUGUUAGCAUCAGUGCAGAGCGCAUAAAAAAGUUAGUGAACUUGCUAACGCGGCCUCGUGAAAACGGUGGAUACGGCGGGAAGAUAAACUAUCAUGAGUUCUCCUUACUGGGUCAUUCCUUCAAUUGGAAUCGUGAAAUGAUAGAGGACUGUUGGUAUGAUGUAUUGUGUGGUGUUCCCACUUCGGAAGCGACAGAUAUGCAGCACAUGGCUGAAGUUAUGUGCGACUAUUGUUCGCCUGCUGCUCUUGAGUCUUCGAUGAUCCCUCCUGCACCCCCUCACCUAGGGAAUCCGGAGCUUGCCGAAGGGCCUCCGAAAAGUGUGAUUUCUUCACAAGAUGACGGGCCGGUUGAUGGGUUACUUUCCCUAGUCCCGCCUGUAUUAAUUCACGCGGAUGCAGGGGUUCGGUCUUCUUUGUUCCCUAAAACGGGUAGUGGAAACACCGACAGACGUGCCUUAUUCAAACAGGGUAAUAAAGAACAGGACUCCAAUACAAGUAGAUUCAUAAAACCCAUGAGAAGGUCCAGUAAAUUGACACCGCGUAGGAACCGGUCACCGGUAUCUAAGCGGUACGCCCUGCAAACAGCUUCAAGCGAACUUAAACUACGAGCACAAGGUCCGUCACUUGAAGCAAGUGCUGAUGAUGGCUCGGCCCCCCGCCGACCAUCCCCCAGGAAAACCAAACAGCCACCACAGACAAGUACUCCUCAACACAGCGCAGUGUUCGACCGUCUCUACACACAUGGAAAGAAGCUCCAAUUGGAAAGGAAGGCAUGGAUUAAGCCACUUGAAUGGAUGCCUUCCUUCAGGCCUCACAUUACUCCUUACCGUGGCCGGUGCCCCUCCGAGGAGGAGAAUGGUGAUGCGCCGCACUACCACAGGGUCACCCGCUCCUACUGCGCCAAACUGGUGAAGCAGCCGGACCGACCCCACGACCCCUUGGACGACACGCCGACCACUGCGCGCGUCGAUUUCCGCCCCCCCCCUGGGCCCUCCUCUUUUGUGCCCCCGGGCUACAUCGAGGGCGUCGCGAGGCUUCGACGCGGUGUGGCGUCCCGACAGCACCGCGACUUCGCAGCUGGGCUACGCCAGGACUUGUGCUCCUACCCCUGCAGAGACGGCCCACCUGCGGCAGCGACCCAGUAUCCCGAGACACCCAUUCUGAGGCUUCCACUUUUUACUAUCGAAAAGGGCGCGAAGGAAUCGGUCGAUGUGCGUCUUGCCUCGCACGACGAUAGGGUAUCUUGCUCCUCCAAUAACGCAUACAUUGACGGAAAGGUGCCACUGGCAACCACAACCAAACCUCGAAGCUUUUCGGCUUUAUCUUCCCGCGCAAGCUAUUCGGAGCGCUUUAAAGCACAUUAG